CCACAAGGUCACUGGGAGGGGAGAGAGGAAGGCUGGCUGGUCUGCCUGUCACCACAUUCAUUACACUUCCCAUUACAGUCUCUAUCAGUAGGCUCAACAUGCAUUAGAAAGAAGAGUUCCAGAUGGCCCUCCUAGCGAAAGUCUUGGGAGUGCCUCAGUGAUAGUGACAUUGACUGUGCGUAUUGUGACUGAACACAAGUUUUCUUAUCAGCAAGAAUAGGAAUGGACUUGGUUUCUGACCUGUCUGUUUGUCUUUGUUAUUGGUGAUCCUUCAGUGCUUGGAAAUUGCAUGAUUUUGUUGGAGAAACAAGAUAAAUUUAAUUAUGGAUAGUGACUUGUUCAGAGAUACUUUGUCCGUAAUGGAAAGCACAAGUCAGACUAUUGGCUAUCGUGUGCGCCUGCGAAUGCAACACAUUCUUAAGGAUGUAGCUCAAUUGGCAUAUGAAAGGCCUCAAUUUUUUGCUGAUGUUCCACCUCCUUCUGUGUAUGUCGGAAAAGAUGGGCCUCCACCAAUGCCACCCAUGCCCCCAGGUCCUCCUCCUGGCACCACGAUGGCUAGUCCAGCUCCGUCUACAAGCCAGGGGCCGCCCAACAUGUCUAUGGGGGGGAUGAUGGCCCCUCCACCCCCACCAGGCCCCACUGGCCCCCCAGGUCCCCCUCCACCUCCACCAGCUGGGCCUGUGAUGCCAGCUGACUAUCCUAAUGGAGGUAUGAUGGGUCCAGGUCCAAUGGGCAUGGGUCCUGGAAUGGGUCCGGGUAUUGGCCCUGGGAUGAUGGGGCCUAUGCAGAUUGCCGUAAACCCUGCAACCAACGACGCGCCACUGGAGUUCAACACUAACAAGAACAAACCACCAAUGCCUGUGGCUGCAAAUAAUGGAGAAAUGGUGGAUGGGAUAAUGCCAGAGCCUGUCAUCGUGGAAGAGAGAAGAGAGCGCGACCGGGAGAGAGAUCGAGACCGAGAGCGUGAUCAUGGGAGAGAUAGAGAUCGUGACAGAGAGCGCUCGCGAGGCAGAGACAGGGACAGAGACAGGGAUCGUGACCGUGAGCGAGACAGAGAUCGUGAUAGAGACCGUGACCGUGACCGUGAAAGGCAAGACCGAGAUAGAGACAGAGACCGUGGACGAGAUAGACCACGGAAAGACAGUGGUGGCAGUAGCCGUAGUGGGGGCGACAACAUGUCUGUUGGCAGUGGCAAUGGGCAGGUCCAACCACUGGAUGGAAAUAAUCAAUCAGGCUCUGGCUUUGGGCCAAUGGGUCCAGGUCCUGGCCCUUGGGGUCCAAUGUGGGGCCCUGCUGGAGGACCAAUGGGACCAAUGGGCCCUAUGGGUCCAAUGGGGGGACCAAUGGGGCCAAUGAGUGGCCCAAUGGGACCCAUGGGACCAAUGGGCCCCAUGGGUCCAAUGGGACCUCCGGGAGAAGGUCCUCCAAUGAGUGGAGAUUUUCGAAUAACUUGGGGCAUGUUUGGAUGGAUGAUGUCUCCAGAAGGCUUGACAGUGCCCAUCAAAAACCCUCUGCACUGCAAGACGUGUGUCUUAGUCCCCCCAAAUCGCCUGGCUCCCCCACCCACUACAAGGGAGAGACCACUCGGCUGCAGGACAAUCUUCGUAGGAGGCCUUCCAGAGAAUGUCACAGAGGAAAUCGUGCGGGACGUUUUUGAACGUUGCGGAGAGAUAACCACAAUCCGCCUGAGCAAGAAAAAUUUCUGCCACAUCAGAUACGAACUUGAAGAGUUUGUGGACAAUGCCAUCUUCUUGUCAGGUUAUCGCAUGCGAAUCAACAACAGCACUGAAGCAGCUAACACAGGACGACUGCAUGUGGAUUACGCACAAGCUAGAGAUGAUCAGUACGAAUGGGAAUGCCGACAGAGACAGUUACAGAGAGAACAGCGACACCGAGAAAGAAUUGAAGCUGAAAGAUUGCGGCCUCCGUCUCCGCCCCCUGUGGUACAUUAUUCCGACCAUGAAGCGACAAUCAUUGCUGAGCAGCUCAAGGGUGAUGACACAUUUUCCAAAGCAGUACAGAUUGUUAUCACAUGGCUAGAGAGAGGAGAUUGUAGCAAGCGAAAUGCUGGAACUUUCUACAGUAUGAUCCAGUCAACAAACUCCCACGUACGAAGACUGAUGACUGAGAAGAGCCAGUAUGAAGAGGAAUUGGCCAAAUUUCGCGAACAAACACGGGCACGCAUGCAAGGUGUAAUCAUGCAAUUCGGUCAGAUCGAGCGUGUCUUCAUGUCAGCCGGUCACCAGAAGGUCUGGGACCACUUCACCAAGGCCCAGAGACGCAACAUUGAGAUGUGGAAGAAGCAGGCAGAGGAGAUCAAAGAAAUCCAACUGCAUGAGUCUGACAAGGAGGAUGCAGAGGAAAUGGAUGUUUCUGAUGAGGAGGACGGCUCACAACCUCCAAGGAAGAAGGCGCGGCAGAACGAAUAUCUUAAGGAAGAGAAUGAUAGCCUACGGUGUCAGAUGGAAGCCUACAAGAAUGAGGUUGACCUAAUAAAAGCUGAUCUGAAGGCGGAGGUAGCUAUGAGAGAUGACCAGAUAGAAGCUCUCAAGAAGACCCUGCAGGGCAUGCAGCAGACACUUUCGGAGAAUGCAAUUCGUAAGCGACAGGAUGAUGCGAAAUUAGCUGAAUUAAGAGCCAAACUAAAGAAAGCACGAGAACAAGCUGGAACAAGCGCAGAAGGAGAAGAAGACAACAAGGACGAAGUAGAAGACUUGUCAUCAAUAGCCAGUGCUCCUGUGACUGACAAAGCUGCUCGUCUCAUUGGUCUGACUUCGACGUUCCUUCACAUACAUCCUAAAGGAGCUAGUGUUGACUAUAUCUGGUCAUUUAUUCAACAAUUUGAUAAGGAAAUCCGUCCAUCUGACAUAGAAACAAUGUUAAACCAGUACCCAACAGUCUUCAAGCAAAUCACAACUGGGGUCGGUGCUUGUCUGGAACGCAAGUGGAUCUUCACCGGCUUCGAAUGCUCCAUGUGAAGCUUUUUCUUUUUUUCUUCUCCUUGUUUUCAUGACUAUAAAUCUUCUUUCAAAGAAUUUAUUUGAAAAUAUUUUUUUAACUUUUUUAUAAUUAUGAUUUUGUUAUGUCUGCCCUUUUUUUCUCUGUCUCAGUUUUAUGCAUUUUUUGUGUAAUUUAGUAUUGUUUUUGUAAUGUUUAACUAUUGAGAUUUUAAUUAGCCAGAAUAAUACAUCCAUUAUAUCAUAGGACCAAUUAUUUUUGCUAUAUCUUAUGAUUUCUUUCACAUUGUGUCUGUUAACCCAUUUGCUGGAACAUUUCAUUUUUAUCAUGUGAUUUUUCUCUUUCUGAAAUAUGUUCCAAGAGUUUUUGUAUGUUAUGAAGGAUUAAAGGGCAAGGAGGUUUUUAGUGGAUAAUCAUUUUGUCCAUUUUUCUUCUACUUUGAGUUUUGUGAGAAGAAAACAUUGAAGGUGAUGCUAGUUAUCUGUUGAUGCUGUUUUUUUUUUUUUUUUUUUUUUUUUUUUUUUUUUUUUUUUUUUUCUUUUUUUUUUUUCCAUUUGAAACUUUGUGAUCUUAAAGGUUGCUUUCAUGUAGGGGAUAAGGGGGUGGGUAUGUUAAUGGAAUAACCAAUAAAAUGUGCCAAGCAUAUUUGCCCCUGGCAGCAAGUGGGUUAAGAGAGAGUAAUUUCCUAGUCUAAUGUUAUAUUUGAUAUAUGAUAAAGAGGCCUGCUUAAUUUAUCAUAUGUUUGAUUAAUUAACAAGGGUCAGGUAUAUAAUACAGUAAGACUUUUUUGUUGUCAUGCCAUAAACCCUAAUUCUGCUUCUGUUGAUAAUUGUGAUACAGAAAACUGAGGAGAUGGUUUUAGCUGGAGAUUUGAACAAGUAUAGUAUAUAAUCAGAAGGAUUUAGGGAAAAAAACAGUUGUAUUAUGAAGUAAAGAUUCCACUCCACUGUAGUAUCAAAUCUCACUGGUGUAUUCAGAGUAUGAAAUAGUUUCACUGAAAGACUGGCACUACAAAGAGGUUUUACUGUAACACUGAAAUUAUUGUAUGAUGUACAGUUAAUUGUUAUAGAUUUUUAUUAAGAAACUUUUAUAUAUAGUCUCUUUCUAGUGGCACAGAUUUCAAGCCAAACCACUAUAUGGGCUGAAAAUUAAAGUGGUCCACUCUUGGGAUGGAUUAAAGACUUCUCAUUAGCUGUAUGCCUUUAGCAUUUCAAUGUUAUUUGUUUCACACAGUAGCAUUAUCAAUAAUGUCUAAGAUUCACUCAUAAUUGACUGAUUAAUAGCACAGUCUGUUGCCAUCAGAGUUCAUUUAAUGCUGCAUUAUCUUUAAAAGCUCUCUUACAAAUAGUGAAUAUUUGGAAAUCACUUUUUUAUUAUUAUUAAUAUUCUGUAUUUUUUCCCAAUAAUUCUGUUAUUGACUGAAAUUCUUGUAAAUGGGUUGUAAUAUAUGUUAUAUAUAUUUUAUUUGUUAAGUGCAGGGUUUAUUGAUGUAUCUUGCAUUUCUCUGUCAAACCUAAAAUUUUUGUAGUAAAACAUUUUUCUCUGGACUGGAAAAAAAAGAACUACAGCAA